AUGUCGACCGACGCGACUUCGGCGCCGCCCGCGUUGGGCUCCUACAUUCGCAUGAGACCAUUGAAACCAGCAGAACUCCCCGCACAUCCCACCCUCGCGCCUCUCCAAGAACCAAAGACUGCUCCAUCGUUGAAGGCGUUCAUAUCUACGGUACUCAACGAAGGCAACGAUUUCGUCACCGACUACCUGCCCAAAGCGUUCAAGGUCAAGGCGAGGAAUCGCGCUGCUCCACCGUCCACAGCCCCCGUAGAACUCCUCGAACACGAAAUCAGCGCACACGAUCUCCCCGAAGAUGGCCGCACGAUGGGAGCAUCAGAGACAUGGUUUGCCAGAGAGAGCAUCCACGAGAACGCUGCGCAAAGAGGCACUGCAAGCUGGGAGGAAUUCGACAGCGGUCUGAGAGCCGAUCAUAGCCAGCAUGAGAUGGAUUACACCCCCGACGUACUGGACGCACACAUAGUCUGCGACUGGAAAGCCGAGCUUGAGCAGUUGGGCGGAGCAGUGGACGGCUGGAACGACGUGGACUUUGUCCUCAUGGAGAUGAUGCACAAGAUUCCCUGGCCGCUGAACAACCGCGCCUUCCCGGUCGUGGUCCUGACCGCAAAGCGCGCACAGGAGUUCAUCGUGGUCCAAGUCCCUGUGGCCGUGGGCAGAGUGAAAGAGGCCAGAUACGCCAAGGAAUCGAAAGUGGUCACCGGCACGUAUUGCAGCAUCGAACGCUGCGAAGCCAUCGAAGGCGGCACCAAGGUGAAAUGGCAGAUGGCCACCGCGAGUAACGCCAAGGGUAAUUUACCCAUGUCGUUGCAGAAGCUCGGCACGCCUCCUGCCAUCGUCAAGGAUGUCGGCCUCUUCAUGGACUGGUGCGAGAAACGGCGAGGCGAGAAGUAG